AUGGAUCCGCUCCGCUCCGUCACUGCGUUGUUGAAUAUCAGGUACCGUCACGGGAGCCAGAGGCUGCCGUCAUCCGCGCUCUUUAUCCAUGUAUGGUUGUCUAACGAGACGCCGCUUGGCUGGGGGAGUCGGCGUUUUGUCGACCGGACUGAUGUCGUCUUUGACGAGGGCAUCGACGUUGCACUUUGCUUGAAGGGUAAUACCAACAUCACACGCGACGAAUACGCGGCGCCCGAGUUACGACUCUGUGACUCUGUUCCAUUCCGGUACUACGCCACUUUUGAAGUCUACACGCAACUGUCUGUCUGUCUAGUGUCCUAUAGCCUCAUUGCAAAUGAGGAAUACAUCCUGGCAAUGAGAUAG